CAAGGCGAAAAAAAACACCCGGACAUCCGCCGACAAUCAGCCAUCGUCGGCCAUCGCGACACGACGCGCGCCGCGACACCCGCCAUGUCUGCAUCUCCACCGCCGCCGCCGUCGUCGCCCUCGCAGUCGCAGUCGCAACAGCACGCCACCGCCCACGCCUACGCCAGCAACGGGCUCGAGAUCCUGCAGGCCGCCAGCGACGCCGCCCAGGCCAUCAGCAACAUCAACUCCAUCAACGGCAUCAACAACCCCCAAGCUCAGGCCCUCCAGGAUGCCGCCGCCGCCGCCGCCGAGGCCGUUGCCGCCCAGCCGGCGGCGGCUCUGGGCCACGAUGCGGGCCUGCAGCAGCAGCAACAGCAACAACAACAGCAUCACCAGCCGCAGCAGCAACAGCAGCAGCUGUCGUCCCCCGGCGGCGGUGCCGUGAUGCGCGACCCGACCGUGAACCCUAAGCUCACCCGUCUCCGACGCGCCUGCGACAUGUGCAGCAUGCGCAAGGUCAAGUGCGAUGAUACCAACAUCCCCUGCCGGCCCUGCCGCGAGCUCGGCGUCGACUGCACCUACGAGCGCGAGACGAAACGCCGUGGACCCCCCAACCGCCAUGCUGAGGCGGCCAAGGCGGCCAAGCGCGCCCGCCUCGAAGUCUACCCGGGCUCUCCCGUCGCCGCCACCGCGCCCGCCGCCACCGGCCCUGCUCCUGGCUCCGCCGUCGCCUCGCCUUCGCCCCAGACGGCCGCCAAGACCCUCGUCAACAUCGCCUCCGACGCGCUCGUCGACGCCGAGGCUAUCGCGCCCAUGCCUGUCCUGGAGCUGCUCGUCGACGACUUCUUUACCUACGUCCACCCGCUCGCCCCCUUCCCCCACGAGCCCACCUUUCGCCAGUCCUUUGCCAAUCGCGAGGACCGUUUGCGGCCCGAGUUCCUCGGUCUCCUGGCCAGCAUGGUCGCCGCCCUCGUCGCCUCCUUUCCUCGCAGCGCCCGUGAGCACCUCAAGGCACAGCACGGUAGCCAGCUGUUCCCCAAGGCCGUCGUCAUGGUUGAAAAGUGCCGUGACGUCGCGCUGCUCACGCGCGGUUCCAAGUGGGUGCUCAAGCAGCCCAAGACGCUCGACGACGCUGCCACCAGCUAUUUCCUGGGCCUCGCCUCGGGCUACGUCCACCAGUGGAACGCGUCGCGGCAGUUCAUGGCCGAGACCCUCACCCUCGUCCGCGAGCUGGGCUUCGCCCGCCCCAAGCACCCCGGCGACGUGCCCACGUUUGGCAACGACCUGUACUCGCUCGAUCCGCUACCAUUCAACCACGUCAAGGACCAGAUUGGGAAGCGCGUCUUCUGGUGCCUGCUGCUCGGCGUCCGCUCCCUCUCCCAGCUCGGCGCCUCGCAUCCUGAUCUCGUCAUCGCCCCGUCCACGCCGAGCCUUCCAUACCCCGCGUACCCCGAAAACGUCGACGAUAUCUGCGUUCUCGCCAACGAGAUCAUUCACCAGGCCGAGGGCAGCGUCACCCUGCUGACGGGCUUCCGCUUCGCCAUCGACAUAUACACCACCAUGAACGGCAUCGUCAGUCUCGAGCUCGCCUACGGUAUGAGCACCCUACCCUGGCCCGACCAGCGCUUGCUCCUUCGCGACGGCCUCCUCGCCGCCAAGAGCAUCGUCGACAACCUGCCGCCGGAGCUGCAGCUUGGCAACCACGCCGUUGACGAUGCCAGCUCGCUCGCCAGCCUCGACGAGGCCGGCAUGCAGUACGUGCCACCCGUGUGGCCCGAGGCGCAGCCCGCGCACGACCUUCGCAACGUCAUCAAGGCGCAGCCACUCCGCCGGCGACAGCUCCAGUACGAGAUUCAAAGGACCAACAUUUUCGUCUCGCAGCUCGCCACCCGCUUCUACUUUGUUGACCUAUACUAUAACCUCCGCGACGUCUACCUCCAGGAACAGGCGCAGCAGGAGCAGCAGCAGGAGGAGGAGGGAGAAUCGCAGCCGCAGCAAGACGAUGACGGGAACCCCGUGGAGCCCGCCUCAUCUAGCGCCGCCGCCACGGCCCCCGGCCCGUCAGACGAGGAAAAGGCCCUUCGCGACGCCGACGACAAGGAAAUACUCGACAUCAUGGCGCGGGAGCGUGAACUCAUCGUGCAGAACCUCCUCACGGUGCUCGGCUCCGUGUCGCAGCGCAGCCUCGAGCCCAACGGUGGCGCCCUCAUCAGCAAGGUCCGCCAGGUCGCCUCCACGCUGCUCGCGGAUGCGCCCGAGCGCAAGGGCCCCUUCGCCGCCAAGGCCGAGGAGGCUCUGUCGCAGCUCAUCGAUGUGCUCCUCAAGCUCGAGACGACGGGUCCCGCCGGGGAGUCCCGGGCGGCUGACCCGAGCCAAAUGACGGCCGAGGACGAGGACGAGGAGCUGCGCCACUGGGCGGAGCUGCGCGACUACCAACUGCGCUUUGCUGCCAACGGCGGGUUCGCAGAUGCGCUGUAGUCGGUCUGCCGCCGCGUUGCAUGACGUACACGUACUUUGUACUGUCUGUAUAACUACCACCUGUUGGCCUGGAGAGGAAGGCGUUGGACGUGCUUGUCGAGCCUUGGUGCUGUACUGUAACAAUACCCCAAAAGAAUACAAGACUAAUGACAAUGCAAGCAAGCCAU